UGUGGACGUAUUUCAGCGCAGGGGGGUAUUUCCUUGGCAGCUUCUUUAAGUGUUUGUGUUGUUAACCCCCCCACCCCUACGCCUGCCCCACCUCCUCAAAGCUAUGAACCUUAGAGAAACACUGCCCUAAACAAUUAUUAUGUGUUUGCACAUCCUGUCUGUCUUGCAGUAAUGUGACUAUUUAUUUAGCACUAAAACAGGUUGUUGCACCAUAAAGCCACAAAGGAUUGAACUUCUUUUAGCCAUGAGCCACUAGGUGGCCAGGAUUGUCCAUUUCUUGACCCCCACUCAGUAGCAGUGUGUUAGUAGAUGGGAAAUUGUACCUUUUUCCUUCAACACCAAAUCACAAAGCUGCUGAUGUGGCACAAAAUAGAGGCAUCAUUGUUUGAGUCAUAUCCUGUGAUCAGGAGGUUGUUUUGUUGUAGUUUUAGCACAACAGAAAACAUUAAACACCUGUAGUUUUGCUGUCUGCAAGAUUUCUGCCAGUUUGUGUUGCAGAUCUACUUAAUUCGCUGUUUGAUUGAAUCCAGUCCACGAAUGUUGGACAGAACUUUGCUGCUGGUGACUGUUUUGAGAGUGUUUUGCUUUUCCAGUGAAACAAUGCCAUUUUUCCCUGAUGAUGUAACUUCCACAUUUGGACUGUUGGUUGGGGCCUGCGCGAGUAGUGGCAUUGUAUUCCAGCAAGCCUCAGGAUGUCCUGUUGGGGGGGUAGGGCUUGGACAGAAGAGGAGGAGAUGCAGCAGCACAGGAGCUGAGAGCUUUGAUAGCUGGUAGCUACUGUAGCUCCUCUGGGGUUAACAAGAUGCUUCCCACAGACAAGGAAACCUGUUAAAAUUCCCUUUUUUUCCCACCUUUUUGGCUCAACCUUAACUCUUCCUUUUCCAUGUUUGGAGAUUCAUUUUUGCGUUGGAUCUUUUUCUUUGUCAAAGUUUUCCGAUUGCUGGAAAGAGCUAAAUGGACCCCUGAAAAAAAAGGAAACGUAGAGCUUCACUGGCUUCAUGCAUAUCUUUGUAGUUACUCAUCAUGAUCGAUAAAGUUUGUUACUGUUUACAAGGAUGACAAGAAAAUCUCUGAGGAGUGAACUUUAAGGAGGUGAACGAAGAGAACAAACAGAAGCUUUUUGGAGAGAUCUACACGGCUAUCGACACAUUGGCAUUCACAUUUGGAAAUGUUGUGUCUGACUUCCUUAUGGGAGAUGUAGAGAAUGGAUCGGUGUUGGGGCUCCCCCUGACCAAGAGAAGUCGAUCUUUUGAGAGCCUCUCUGUGGAAUCUGGAGGAUCCGGUCCUGAGAAAGAUGAUCCACCUGGACCGUCUCCACCGGUCCAAGUCGAGGAGGUGGACAGGACGCUGCAGCGCCAGGACAGCGGCGUGGAGUCGGCGCUGCUCUACGCCAAGGCGUGGUCCAAGUACACCAAGGAGCUGCUGGCGUGGGUGGAGAAGCGGCUCAGUAUGGACAUCGAGUGUGCAAAGAGUUAUGCCAAAAUGGCCGAAACGGCAAAGACGCUCGCAAGUCAACAGGAGUUCAUGCCUUUCCGUGAGAUUUACACGACUGCUUUCAAAAACGACGUAGAAUACAGUCAGCUGGUCCUCCACACCGCUGCGGUCCUCCAGAGCAACAAGUUCAUGCAGCCUCUGCUGGCCAGAAAACAUGAGCUGGACAAGCUAAGAAAAGAGGUCAAAGAGCAGUGGCAGAGAGAGCAGAAGAAGAUGCACGAGGCAGACAGCGCUCUGAGGAAGGCUCGGCUGCUGCAGGCCCAGCGGCAAGAGGAGUAUGAGAAGGCCAAGGUGACCACCAGCCGUCUGGAGGAGGAGCAGAUUGGAGGAGGAGGACCAGCAGCAGCCAAACAGCUGGAGAAGAGGCGCAGGCUGGAGGAGGAGGCCUUGCAGAAGGCUGAGGAGGCCAGGGAGCACUGCAAAGCCUGCCAGGUUGAUGUCGGUGUGAAGAGAAUUGAACUGGCCAACACCAAGAGCGAGAUCAUCACCCAGAUCCAGGUGAUGGUCUCCCAGUGCGACCUCACCCUGAAGGCUGUGACCGUCAACUGGUUCCAGCUCCAGCAAGCCCAGGUCGUGUCUCUGCCGGUCAACCACCAGAGUCUGUGUGAAAACGCCAAGCUGUACGAGCCCGGCCAGCGCUACAUCGAGUUCGUCAGGAGUCUGCCCACCGAUGGUCCUCGCUUGGAGUCACACUCGUUUGACUCGCCCGCUACUCAAAACGCAGGGCUUCCUUUCAACAAGCGUUCGCACUCCUCCCACAGCAACUUGUCCCAGGCGUCUGUAACCUCUGACAUCCUGGGUGGAGACGACGCAGACGGUCAGACCAACAACCAACACGCCAAGAUCGCAGAGAGACGCUCCAACGGCAGCGCCGAGAUCCAAGCACUUCGGAUUCAGGGCCCGUUUCGCCCCUGGGCUUCAACCAAUCAGGGUGGAGGGAUGUGCAGCGACUCAGAAAGUGCCGGAGGGAGCAGCGAGUCGCGGUCCAUGGACUCGCCGACUGCAAGUCCAGGGGACUUCAAGAGGAGAUUACCCAGAACCCCCUCCACCGGCACCAUGUCGUCGGCUGAUGACCUGGACGACAGGGAGCCUCCUUCACCUUCCGAUAACUGUUCCCCUGAGAUGGUGAUUGAGACCGCCAGCUCCCCCGGACCCUUCAGGAACACCCUCAUGUCCAAAGCAGCUCAAACCCACAAGCUGAGGAAGCUUCGUGCUCCCUCCAAAUGCAGAGAGUGUGACAGCCUGGUGGUGUUUCAUGGAGCCGAGUGUGAGGAGUGUUCGUUGGCCUGCCAUAAGAAGUGUCUGGAAACUCUGGCCAUCCAAUGUGGCCACAAGAAGCUCCAUGGCCGGCUUCACCUGUUCGGCAUUGACUUCACACAGGCAGCCAAAAACAGCCAAGAUGGGAUCCCCUUCAUCGUUCGGAAGUGCACGUCGGAGAUCGAGAACAGAGCGCUCAACAUCAAGGGAAUCUACCGCGUGAACGGCGCCAAGUCUCGAGUGGAGAAGCUGUGCCAGGUGUUUGAGAACGGGAAAGAUCUGGUAGAAUUGUCCGAUCUGUAUCCCCACGACAUCAGCAACGUACUGAAACUCUACCUGAGACAGCUUCCAGAGCCGCUUAUCCUUUUCCGUUACUACAACGACUUCAUCGGCUUGGCCAAGGAAAGCCAGAGCAUCAUCGUGGAGGAAUUAGAAGCCCUGCGACUCAGUCCUAACCCCGUAAGCCCGGCUCAGGUCAGCGUGGAACUCAACCGGGUCCUGUUUAAGAUCAAAGAUCUGCUGAAACAGCUGCCUCCAGCUCAUUACAAGACCCUCCAGUUCCUCAUGGAGCAUCUGCACAGGGUGACAGAGUGUUCUGAGGAAAACAAGAUGACUGCCAGCAACCUGGGAAUCAUCUUCGGCCCGACGCUGAUCAAGCCGAGGCAGGCAGACGCUGAAGUUUCCCUUUCCUCCCUGGUGGAUUACCCCUAUCAGGCUCUGAUUAUAGAGCUCCUGAUCCGACACUACCAAAUGAUCUUUGAUGUCCCCCUCAGUCCUUUGAGCGGCUCCUCCCCCACAGACAUCGAUGCCCGCCCUGAAACCUGCCUCACCCAACAAGAGAAGGAGCAGCAGCUGAGUAGGCACUCCAAGUCGCUGGGAGACAUUAAGGAGCAGAGCUCUAAAGUGUAUAAGAGACAUUCCUCCAUCAUUCCUUCAUCACAUCUGUUGGCUGAGGUUCAGGAGACGAUGCCGAGCCUCCGUGGAAGUGACUUUCAGCCUGCUGAUGAAGUGGACUCGGAGACCGUCAACGGGGUCCCUGAGGUCCCAAAGCCUGCCCUCUGCCGCUCUCAUCACGUCACUGUCACCAGAGUCCAGCUGCGGCAUCCUCGUAAUAAACUCUCCUCCCGGCCGGCGAGCAUGCCGGCCGAGCGGCUCAUCCGAGGUCACUCUGACGAGGAUAAUGCUCGGAGUGGCUCUGACCAAGACGACAGGAGGGGGGGGAGCUGCGACCACUCUAUCGAGGAGGUGGACGAGACAGAGAAUCCAAAACUGCGAGUCGGCACGCGCUUCCAGAGUACGUUCAUCGACACGCAGACGUUACGUAGGACGUGGGACAAACAGUACAAACAGGACGCGGCUUCCCGAGCCAUCCGACUCGCGGCCAGCUCGCCGUCGGAGAGCUCGGCGGCCGACACCAGCAGCUUAUCGGCCUCCGUGCCUUCAGCGCUGAGCCUCGGGCCUGUGGUGAGCACCGUCAGCACCAUCUACUCCAGCGGGCCGUACACCGUCGCCGUGCGACCCAGCAGGAUUUCAAGAAGGGACGACAACAAGUUUGGCACGGUGCCAACGGCUUUCAGGGCUCCCAGGACUCUCCAGCCUCCACCAGGAACUUUCUACAAACCCCCAACAGAGAACAAAACCAAAGUUGUGCAGAACUGUGCAUCAGCUAACAGUGCUGAGGAGGAGGAUGAAGAGGAAGAGGAGGAGGAAGAGGAGGAGGAGGAAGAACUGGGGAUUGAGAUAGAGGUGUCAGUAGAUGAACCUCUUGAGGAGGACUUGGAGGUGGAGCAGGCGGCCAUGUCUCAGUCUCCCAGCUCCAGCCCCGAGGAUCUGGGCCAAAACCAGACCAAACCAGUGUACCAGAGACUGAGGCCGCGGCGCCUGCAGGAGGUGGAGCACAGAGAGGCUCACUUCGUCUGAGAGAUCCACAAACAUUCAGGAGGCACUUAAAACCGGUUUAUGUUCACCAUGAUCCGCAGUCCUUCAAUCACACAUCACAAUAUUUAUAAUUUCUACCAAACUGUGCAAUUUUUUUUAUUUUUAUUUCAUUAUUUUGUAUAAAGUUGUCUGUCUCUGUCUCUAAAUGUUAAUGUACCAAAAAAAAGAAAAAGGAAUUGAAAACCAUUCAGCGCACUUAUCCGAGCUGUUUACUGACUGUUUCAGCUGUUACAUGAAGCGUCUGAUUAAUCAUUUUCUAAUAACUCAUAAUGACCUUUGUUACACUCUGAGCUGAUUUCUGCAGCGGCGUAUUAAAAACACGGUUUUCAUCCACUUGUUUUUACCGUGUUGAACUCGAUGAUGUCACUUGUCUGAACGCUGCCGGUUUCUGUGCUGGCACCUCAUUUUUAACAUUUAAAUUCCUUUAAUAGCCAAAGCUGUUUUUACACCACCUGUGCUCUUUUUAUCCAUAACUAAACCUGAAUGGUUCUUUUGUAAGUUUAAAGGAAGUGUAUCAUUUAUUUAAAUGGUAUCUGUUUUUUCACAUAAAGUUGGAUGAAAGUAGAAAAGUUCACUGGAAGAAAACAGGUACCUGAAAACAAACACGCUUUUGUAACUUAUUAAAAUAUAUCUGACGACUUCCAA